CACAUUUAAGCGUGUGAUUGAAUUGUGUGUUUUUUUUUUCACAUCUGGCUGUCCGUCAGAGCGAAGUGUUUAAAAUUGAAAUAAUUGUCGUAAUUGUCGUCUUAAAUGGUAUCGAAGAACAAUAAUUUCCAAUCGAACCGGACCAUGCAGCAGCCGCAGCAGCAGCAACAGCGUCAGAAUGUACGUGCUGCAAUUGCACCGUAUCGCAAACCGUUCCGGCCUCAGGUGCAGUCGCAGUCGCAAAACCAAUUGAUGUACACAUCCUGCCAGAUGCCCAGUGAUCCUCUCUAUGUGGACUUUAAUAGACCAGCGCCAGCACCGCCAGCACCAUCGACUAAAUCCACAGUGCCAGCGGUGUCCACAACCAACUCCGCAAAUGGAUCUGGAUCAGAUGGUGGCGGUAAAAAGAAGUUGACGAAAGGUAAACAGCUGAAAGGCAACAAGCAGCAGCAGCAGCAAUAUGUUCCACAGAUGCAGAUGCAGCAGAUGCAGAUGGCGAUGCCAAUGCAUGGCGCUGGAGGCGACAAUGGUUGGCAGCCGCAUCCGCAGCAGCGUUUCCAUGCGCCGAAUGCCAAUCGCUUCAAUGGACCGCAACGCAAUGGCUUUAAUCGCGGCGGAGGAGGACCCGCGAAUCGGGGCAGCGGCGGAGGACGUCAUAUGAUGGGACCCAUGGGUCCAGGACCAGGUCCAAUGGGUGCACGCCGUUGUCCGGGUCCGGGUCAAGGACCGGGACCAGUUGGCGGACCACCAUUUCCUCCGAUGCCAUUUCAAGCACCCAUACCGCCCAUGCGCUGCCCAAUGCCACCAAUGGGCGGACCACCGCCUCCUCCACCAUUCAUGCGACGCAAUGGACGCGGAGUUCCACCGCUGCCGCCGCCGCUGAUGGGUCCGCACAUGCUGGGACCACGGAUGCGUCCACGCGGCAUGCCACCUGGCCACGGACCCGUUCCCGUUCCCUUCAAUAUGGCCCACAUGAAUGGCAAUCUCAAUCUCAAUGGUCGCAAGAUCAAGAAACCCAACGCCAAACUGAUCAAACAGGCGGUCAAGGGGAAGAGCACCAUCAAGACGCUGAAAAAUCUGGUGAAUCAGUAUCCCAUUGAUAAGCCCUGGGUGAACGAUGAGAUCCGUGCCGUCCAUGUCGAGAAGCUGGACAUUGAGAAUCGUUUGAAGGGCAACAAGGACGAUCAGCUUUUUGCCCAGUUCAAAGUGCAGCGCGAUAAAUUUGUAUCGAUGUAUGAAACGGCUCGUGAGGAUUAUCUAAAACAGGAGGCCGCUUCGGUUAUGGCUAAGGAUGCCAAAGACAAAGACAAAGACAAUGACAAAAAUGCAAAUUCAAAUCAGAACGCUGUCGCUAAGGUCGGAAAUGCAAAAAAUGAAACAAGUCCAAUAAAAGACCAAAAUCAAACCGAAUCAAAUGAAAAUGUGCAACAGCAGCAGCAACAACAACAAAAGACACAACAGCAACUGGCUUUAAAAAAGAUUAAAUAAUUAAAUUCAGCAAAUUCAACAAAUGCGAAAUUGCAAAACAGCAAGAGAAACUAAAGAAGCAAACAAAAUGUGAAAAUAAUAAUUUUAUAACAUAAUUAUUAACUGCAAAUGGCAAGCAAACCAACAAACUAAUUUAACAAAUUACAAAUAAAAAAAAGGCAAACAAGAAAUUGAAUUAAUGUAACAAGCAACAAUAAUCAUAAGAAAGUCAGCCAAACCAACAUUUGAGUCGUAUUCUUGUUUUAGCGACUGAGAACUGAGCUUAAUUACAAAUUACAAAAAGAAAAUAAAAAAUAAUUAUAUUAAAUUUAAAUCAUAAUAAAUAUGUAAUAAAAGAAAUAGCUGUAAAUUGCAACAGAAAAAAGCAAACUAAGUAACAAUGCCUCCAUUAAAUAUAAUAAUAUUAUUAAUUACAUCAUUAUUUAUUUUAACUUAUAUGCUUCGAUUCAAUUCAAAUAAUUGUUGAUCGCAACUCUAACGAUUCGUCAUUGAACUUUAACGUUAGAGUUAGCAUCACGUAACGUAACGUAACGUAACGUCUCGCAUUGUAAUUAUCUGUUACAUGUUAAGCAAACUAAUGAAAAUGAAAAAAGAAACAAAAAUGUUUAAACAAUGCCAGUUUGUAUCCUAGUUAAUAUUUCACAUAACGCUGAAGUACAUUUCCUUUUAUUUAUAGUUACAUAUAUACAGAUAUAUAUAUAUAUAUACAUAUAUUCAUUUAAAUGUAUGUGUAUUGGUGCAAAGGAAAUUUACUACAGUUUGCAAUUGUUCGAGUCUUGUUAUAUUCACUACGAAACAACAACAAGUAAUUAAUUUUUGUUUAAUUGUAUUUUUAAAUUAAUUCUUAAAAAUUACGAAUUAAGAUUUGAGUUUAACAUAAUAUUGUUUAUUGUGUGCAUCGACUCUUUGUUUUUGUGUUUUUCUCUUCUCCUUCUACUUUUCCCACUGCUGUUUCUACUUCUACUUCUUUCUGUUCUUGUUCUUUAUUCUUUUUCGCUAUUUUUUUUUUUUUUUUGGUCUGUUUAUUUAUAGAUUCAUAUACCCCUCUCCCCUUUCCACCUUCUCGAAUCGCACAUUAACAAUAGCAUUAGAUUCACGCAAUAUCUUCGUAAGAUUCAUUAAUUGCUUAUUAGAUUAAAUCAUUUUUGCAAUUCUUAUGUACAUAAAUAUAUAUUUACUCGUCAAAGGCAUCUUGAGAUUAUUGUAAAUUCUAUUAAAAAAAAAAAAAACAAAACAAAAACCAAACACACACAUAUACAAAUAAACACAUUUACACUACAUAUGUAUUGAACUAUAAAAUUAUAAAACAAAUACAUAAACCAUUAUUAAACAUAAA